CCUCUAGUCGGCAGUGCAGAAUUUUUUUUUUGUGAACUCUCAACCAAGAAAUUGCACUGCUCUUGUAAUUUGCGCAAAAGAUAGCAUUUAAUCUGCAAACAUUUGGAAGCGGCAGGCGUGUUAGGUAAUGUAUUGAAUUAAAUAACAAAAUUAGUUGUUUAUUUGAGGCUUUUGCCAAAAUCGUGUGUGCGAACAAAGCGGUAGCGGCGGCGACGCUGGCAGCGGCAUCGACAGCGGUGGCGGCGGCGUGGUGGGAGAUACACACGACACGACGUCUUGAGUGCAGGGGACGCUAACGUGAAAAAGCGAUAUAAUUUGUAAAUUGCUAGCUAGUGAAUUGCCAAUUGUUGACUGAAAGAAGAGUUCUGACAAAUUCAAUCAUUUGUUUUCAUUUCGACAGCAAAAAAAACGCAAACAACCUUUGACUGCGGCGCUUGUUUUUUUUUUUGUUUUUUGUUGCCGGUGGCGCGAAAAGUGAAACAGCUUGUGAAGCGAAAUUGCGUUGCGUGCGCGCGUGCGUUGGCCAAAAGCAAGCAAGCAAGCAUCGAUUUUUCGUAAACGAGGCGCAGCAGCAACUGUAGGAUAUCAUAAUGGGUGCCUAUCUGUCGCAGCCGAAAACCGACAAAGCGUCCACUGAUGAAUCCAAUGAAUUGCUCGUCGUUGGUGCAAGUUCAAUGCAAGGCUGGCGCAACAGUCAAGAGGAUGCACACAAUGCUAUACUAGAUUUUGAUAAGAACACAUCGUUUUUCGCCGUCUACGAUGGCCAUGGAGGCGCUGAAGUCGCUCAAUAUUGUGCUGAUAAAUUGCCAGAGUUCCUCAAAAAUCUGGAUACCUACAAACGCGGUGCACUAGAAAAAGCACUUAAGGAUGCAUUUUUGGGCUUUGAUAAAACUCUGCUUGAGCCGACUGUGGUUACCACAUUGAAAAUUCUAGCCGGUGAGCAUAAUAUUGUGGAUGAUGAGGCCGAUGGUUAUGACGAAGAGGAUGAUGCAGAGGAAUUGGCCGAGUUACAUGAAGAAAGCCAUUUGCCAUUGAGCGAAGUGCUCGAGAAAUACAAAGGUUUGCCACAAACCCACGAUUUGGCUCUAAUCAAAUCGGCUGCAGUUGCCGCCAAGCUGUCAACAAGUUCAUCGCGAGGUCGACGCGCUGCUGCUGUCGCCGCCGAGGCAGUUAAUAAGGCGGUAAUGGAUCCCACAGCCAAGCCGGUUGGUUCCUCGACCUCUGCGGCGGCUGCAGCUGCUGCAGCAGCCAUCAGUGAAACCGACGGACCUGGUCCCAGCUGCUCGGGGAGCAGCAGCAGUAAACUAGACCAGGAAGAUGAAUCGACUGUGAGCAGCAGUAGCAGUUCGAGUGCCAGCAAAAGCAACAAUUCACCAACUGUUGCCAGCAAUAACAGCACUAAUGCCACAAGCAACAUUGUCAACAUUAAGGCUGAAGCAAGCAGCAAUAAGCAAGCUGGCGUUGCAACCACUGAGCAAAAUGGUAUUGUGACCUCAUCGGAGGCCAAGGCAGCCGUCAAAUCGGAAGCCGAGUCCGACACAACUUCGGAGGAUGCAACUGUCUCGGGCUCUAGCGAUGUGGCCGACAAAAAGGCCAAUGGUAAUGUGGAGGCAGAAGCUGCAACAGCCAUUAAAGUUGAGCCCGCUGACAUUUCAUCGACCAGUAAAGAAUCUGAGAAAUCUGCAAAGAAGGCAGCGACCCAAGAAGAUGAUUCCACCGACGAUGAUGCCGAUUACGAUGAAAACGCUGCGGCUAAAGCUCAAGAAUCUGCCGCUGCUGAAGUUUCUUCGGACGAAGACAUGGAUGAAGAUGAGGAAGAUGAUGACGUCGACGACGAUGAUGAUGAGGAUGAUGAAGACGAUGAUGAUGAUGAGAAUGUAAGUGACGAGGACGACACCGAUGAGGAUCAACUGGCAAAUGAUCAGUUCUGUGCCAACAUGAUUGAAGAGCCUGGAAAGGAUAGUGGUUGCACAGCCGUCGUUUGUGUGCUCCAUGGCCGUGACUUGUAUGUGGCCAAUGCUGGUGACUCGCGUUGUGUGAUUUCACGCAAUGGCAAGGCCAUUGAAAUGAGUCUAGAUCACAAGCCCGAGGACGAUGAAGAGUCCACGCGCAUUGUCAAUGCUGGCGGACGUGUUACACUCGAUGGACGUGUCAAUGGUGGACUCAAUUUGUCCCGAGCUUUGGGCGAUCAUGCGUACAAAACGAACCUCGAGUUGUCAGCUGAAGCACAAAUGAUUUCCGCACUACCGGAUGUUAAAAAACUCAUCAUCAGUCCGGAGGAUGAGUUCAUGGUUCUGGCUUGCGAUGGUAUAUGGAAUUAUAUGACCAGUGAAGAAGUUGUGAAAUUUGUGCGUCUGCGUCUUAAGGAUGAGAACAAGAAACUAUCACAAGUUUGCGAGGAGCUAUUUGACAAUUGCUUGGCACCAAACACAAUGGGCGAUGGCACCGGAUGCGACAAUAUGACCGCCGUCAUCGUAAAGUUCCAGCAAAAAUUACAAGAACUACCAGCAACUAUUGAUCCAACAGAAACGGAAGAUGCGCUCCUUGCAGCAGCUGCCCUCAAGCUGAAUAAUCAAGGCGAGCAAGUUGCUCUCAAGCGUAGCGCUUCUCCAGAUACGCCAGCCGUUGGUGAAGCAGAGUCCGCAGAGAAUGCCAGUAAAUCGAAGCGAGUGAAAAUUGAGAAUAAUCCGGAGAAAGCAAAGGAUGACAAGGAUGUUAUCAGCAGCAUGCCAUCAUUAGCAUCAGCAUCGCCGUCAGUUGACGAACCGAAGGAGAGCAGCGUAGUCGUAUCAUCAACGUAAAUUCUUAUAUUUGAAUUGAACUUAAACAUCCAACAACAACAAAAUAGACACGACAAUGUGGCCGAAGUGUUUUGGCAUUUUGCACAUUAUUUGAAACAACUACAGAAAAACAAAAUCGUGCUCUUAGAGCACAGAGAGAGCAAAAUAAAAAUGAAAGUAAAUUUCCAAAUUAUUUAACGCCAGCUAUCUAUAUAUACAUAACGAAUAUUCAUUUUGUACACAUAUACACAUAUAUAUUUUUUAAUAAUACAUGAACCUAUUCAUUUUUAUUCGUUAUUUUUAACCCGUGGCAAAAAAUAAAGUUUAUAGACUCGUACUACAACAAUUCAUAAGCUCGUACAAAAACAAAUACAUAUACUUUUUUUAUCAUUUCACAUCAAAUGUUUUCAAAUAUUUACAAAUUUAUAUUUAUAAUGUGAGGAACUAAUAAAACUCAUCUUAAGAACACGAGUAAACAUCUCUAAAAUCGUAAUUCCACUGCAUGAAUGUAUUGUAAUAAUAAUUGAGAUAAUGGCUUCGUUUUGCUAGCCGUAUUUUUAAACUGUAUUGGAUAAUAAACAAAUGAAAAGCAAAUAA